CGAAGAGAGGCUACAACCUACCCCUUCGUUCUGCUCGACAAAAGGAAGAGAAGCCGCCUCUUUUUCCCCUAAUUCCACUGCUCCUUCCUUACGAAUCACCACCGUCUGGGAAUGGCUGCUGGAUUCCGAUCACCAUCGCCGCUUCUGCCGCAGCUUCUUCAAUCUCUUAUCGUCCCCAUCCUUAAUUGCCUUCUCAUGCUCUUGCCCGUCGCCUCUCACGGCGGCUUCUCCUGCCCAAACUCGACGUCGGUACCCUGCGGCAACGUCAGCAUCUCCUACCCGUUCCGGCUGUCGUCUGAUGAGCCGGAACAGAUCGCUCCCUACUGCGGCUACCAAAGCUUCACGUUGACCUGCCGCCAAAGUGACAUCCCAAUCCUGCGCCUCGGUGACGACGACUACAGGGUCUUAGACAUCAACUACAAUUAUUCAGACGUUUCUCUCGUCGACGGCGUUAACAACGGUGGCGUGCCGGAGACUUGUUCCACAGUCCACCAAAAUGUCACCUUGCCUUCCAACUUAUCUUUAUCCUACGCUGACGCUGACGACGAAGUCAAUCUCGCCCUCUUCUUCGACUGCACUACUUUCAGUAGACGGCCAAUUUCCGUGAUCCCCUGCCUUCAAUUUGAUGAGUCCGAAUGGGAAUUCAAGUAUAGUUACUACGACGACCCUGUCCCUAUGUACUGCCAUGAUGAUAAUGAGACAGUUUUGGCGGCCCUGGAAACCUACGUGGGGAAUGAGCUUGGGAGAAAAUAUGCACAAAUAUUGCAUAAUGGGUUCGAGUUUCAUUGGAAGACGGAAACCGACGAAAAUUGUUCUUACUGCGAGAGCUCAGAUGGCCGUUGUUGGUAUAAUAUCCACGAUGCCUCUCUCGCUCUCACCUGUUUCUGUUCGGGCGGAAAGAUUGAAGUGCUCCCACGUCAAAGGAAGAAGCCUACAAAAUUGAUAAUUGGAAUUGUAAUAGGUGCUUUGGCAGCAGUUGGGCUGCUCUGUGCUAGCAUUCUCUUCUGCAGGUACAAGAAGAAACGAAACUAUUUAGCAGCCUCGAAAACCUUCGCUAGUAGUGCCUCUUCGGGGCCAUCAUCCAUGGACCCUGAAAAAUAUAGUGUCCAUUUCCAAACCAACCUCUUCUCAUAUGAUGAGCUACAGGAGGCCACCAAUGGCUUUGAUAAAGAACUGGGAGAUGGAGGUUUUGGCACAGUUUAUAAAGGAAAGCUUCGAGAUGGCCGUGUCGUUGCUGUCAAACGUCUAUAUGAGAACAACUGCAGACGGCUUGAGCAGUUCAUGAAUGAGAUUGAAAUCCUUUCUCAUGUUCGUCAUCAGAACCUUGUUGACCUAUAUGGCUGGACCUCACGCGAUAGUAAGGAGCUCCUGUUGGUUUACGAGUUUGUGCCAAAUGGCACAGUGGCCGACCACCUCCAUGGAUCCAGGGCUAGGGAGGGAAUAUUAACAUGGCCAAUGCGCCUAAAGAUUGCCAUUGAGGCAGCAGAAGCCCUUGCCUACCUUCAUGCAAUUGAUCCCCCAAUCAUUCAUCGAGAUAUCAAAACUAGCAACAUUUUGCUUGACAGCAGCUUCCAUGUAAAAGUCGCAGAUUUUGGACUUUCACGUUGGUUCCCUACCAACGCCACACAUGUCUCUACCGUGCCACAGGGAACCCCAGGAUAUUUGGACCCUGAGUACCAUCAGUGUUACCAACUCACGCACAAGAGUGAUGUGUAUAGCUUUGGAGUUGUACUUAUAGAACUCUUAUCCUCCAAACCUGCUGUGGAUUUCACUCGGCAUCGAAAAGAGAUCAACUUGGCUAACAUGGCACUAAAUAGGAUCCAAAAUGGUGAACUAGACCAGUUGGUGGACGAACACUUGGAAUAUCAAUCGAAUCAAGCUGCAACGAAGAUGGUCACAAUGGUAGCCGAAGUGGCAUUCAGGUGUCUGCAAGUUGACGGGUACAUGAGGCCACCCAUGAAGGAGGUCCUUGAGGCAUUGGUAGCCAUACAGAGCAAGGGGAACAAUGUAUCAAACGGAGGAAAGGAAACCGGUGACAAUGAAGACGAUGCAGGACUGCUGGAGAAUAUUGCACCAAUGUCGCCAGAUACGGUAAUGAACCAGUGGGUCAGUUCGACCACUACACCAAACACUAGCAAGAACUAGAUCCUGUAAUGUUUCUUCUAUAUUUUCCCAGGAGAAAACAGACUUCCACUAAAACACAUUUCUUGUACUUGUGCAGCAAUGUUUUGGAUUUGAUUAAAAGAAUGUAAAUGGUUAAAAGAGUUUAUCUAAAUUCUAUGCAUUGGCAUAUCCUUGUUGCAGAAUUUGAUAUCAUUGGUAAUAUUUGGUUUGCAGAAAUGAGUCAAUAAUGAUCAAUUCUACUCUUUUGUCACUUGUUUGCAAUGAAAUGUUCCAGUAUUAAGCCUUCCUACAAAACUAUGAACAUCAUUUUUCAGCAACUCAAAGUCACAUUUGACAGGUUCAAGGAUGAAUAGUUAAGAACAACCACUGAAAAAAAAAAAUCAUGCAACAUUAUAAAAUAUCUGAGCAAUGAAA